ACCAACCGUCAUUUUGUUCUGAAUGUUUUCUGUGCCUACAAUUUGACAAACUCAUGUUAUCAACAACCCAAACAGCACGGUUGCAGCGUUCUCACGCCAAAUGCAAUUAAAUGCAUUGAAAUUGAAAAACUUUGCAAACCGAGUAUCUAUACUGCUGAGAUCUUAAGAAGACUUGUUAUGAAUGGUAUAAUCCACCCCACGGUUUUGCCUCAUCCAAGCACCAUCAUUAAAUUUCUUAGGAAUGAACUAAUGAUGACGAAACAGAAAAUUCACACUGUCUUAUCCAAAUCAAAGAAUGAAGAUAUUGGAGAACAUGCAAAACUUUUCCCUGAUCAAGUCAGUGACUUAGCAGUCAGUUCACUUCAUUACUUUGACGAGACAAGCGUAACAAAAACCACAAGUUCUACAGAUAAAAGUGGACCCAAAGGACAGAGAUGCCCUUCGUCUGUUACGGUACGAGAACUUUGACAGUUCAUUCAAGACAUGAUAGAUAUACAGCGGUAGCAGUAAUGGCACAACAAAAAACUAAUGUACCUGAAGCAAUACUGUGAUACAGCAGUAGCAGCAGUUCCUGGGACAACAUCAACAACUCUCUCUAAUGCUGAGGUGGAGAUAUUUGAUGGAGACCCCGUUAAUUAUUGCAAUGGCAUCCGUUCAUUUGAAAACCUAAUCAAAGAUAACAGGAGAAACAGUAGCACAAGGCUGUACCACUUAGUGCAGAAUAGAGAAGGAUUUUUUAUGAUGGGAAAACUAUGUACUUGA